UUGCCAGAAACAUUUAUUUUCGAUUUUGACAUAUUUUUAAGUAAAUAUAUUAUUCAAUGUUUUUUCUCAAAUUUAAAAGUCGCGCCCUGCGGGAAAACACAAGAUGUUGAGAAAUAGGUAUAAAUAACAGAUACCGCUAAAACCGCUGCUGGCGACUUCUGUCUGACGUUAUGCGGCGUGUUUUAAAUCGAAUAUCAAUGUGAAAUCGUAAGUCUGUCUGUUAAAGGCGAAAGAAAUAAAAAUUUCUAGUUGCUACUUUUUGUUUGUAAUGACGUCAUCUAAUAGAUAAAGCAACAAGGCAAGUAUGAAGUCUGUAAGAAGAGUAAGUAGUCUUCCUAACAGCUGUUCCUGUUCAUCGUGUUUGUAUAGAACCGAGUCUGAACGACCUUCCUUGAGCCGUAUUGUAUCUCACGGCUCGAAGAUUGAUAAAUUAUAUUACGGUAAAUAUAUACCGUUAAGGGAGAGGAAACUAUUAGAGAAAUUGGUGCGCACCAGAGCGGUUUACGAUAACAUUCGAGAUCAAUUAAUUUCUAGUAGCAGCACUAGCGGGAGAGAAGUAAUAAAAAGCAAGCAAGUGAAGGGAAAACAUAAAAUUAUUAAUAAUGAGAACGAAGCUGAUAUUUCAGAAGUAAUUGGUCUAGUGGACAAUGGAGUGAUCUUGACUCCUGAGACCAGUGAGUGCUGUAGCUGCUGCAGCUGCAGCACUGCAAUAAAGAUAAGCAAUGAGACUGUUAGACCUAUGCUACAUAAACAUGUACCCAACCAAGAAAAACGAUCUAUGACUUCGAAGUCUAGUGUGAUAUCUAGACAGAGAGCUAAUGAUGAGAUGAAAAACGAAUACAACGUUCGUUUUAAAACAAAACAAAUAAAAUCGGAUCCGUGUACUUGUACUUAUAAAAUUGGAAAAAUCAUUAAACGUCAUUCGAGAGCUGUCCUGAGGAAAUUGGGUGGUGAACGAGCACAGCCCCUAAUUGAGACACAUCGAGGAGCUUUUGAAGAGCAUCAUCAUAAAAGGCGAGUAGGUGCAAUAUUACGAAAGUCUUAUCAGCAUCAUAAAAAUCGUACCGAAGAGGGCCCCCGAAAGUCUAUAAAAAAUAACCAGGACUCUCAAACAAAAUUCAAAGAUAAUUUAAAUUUUGAAAGUAAAAGGUCCGAAGAAAAGAUUAAGCGAUAUUUUCAUAAAGUCCAUCCUAAAAUAGAGACCCUUCGACAAAAACACGUAAGGACUCCGAUAACUAAUGAAAAUAUUGAAGGUCAAGACAAUAUAAAAGGUAAGGUUUUUAAAAUAAAAAAGGACUCCGUAACACAAUUCAGAGAGAAAUUGCGUAAAAAACAUGAUUUACGAGAUUGGGAAUGUGCAGAUACAUGCUUUGAACAAAAAUGCAAGCCUGAGCAGUGUUACAAAGAAUUACUGAAAAAAAUAUCUCAAACUACAACAAUAAUAACAAAGGAGAAAGGCAAUCGGGUUCAUGAAAAUAGAACGAAACAUAAGAAAACUAAUUUAUCUAAAUUAGAAACCAAUAAAGCUAUUCAAAUGGACGUAGAUAAGCAUUCGAAAAUACAAGUUAAAAAAGGCGAAAAUAAAACAAAAGAUAAUUUUACCAAGGUAACGAACAAUACCUUAAAGCAGUCCCCAAAAAAUAAACAAAAACAACAUAAAUCAAAACAAGUAUUGACAAUUCGAACUAAUGUAAAUAUGACAGAGAAAAAGUCUUCUAUCCGUGAUUUUCCUCCUCCAUUUCCAAUUAUUGAUAAAGCUACAAGUAAACAGCUAUUCAAAAACAAAGAGCAUGGAAACACAAUUAACAAGGAAACCCUUCUGCCAAAUACUCGUAAAAAGGAAAUAAGUAAAUCUCACAUUACUGCUAUAACUAAAAGUCCUCAGAAACGCCACAAGCAAAACCAAAGUAAAAAAAUCCAUUUAGCUAAAAGCAAGCAGUCCGGGCACUUACUCAAAAGAUGUUUUUGUACACUUAAAUUAAAAAAGAAGAGUAUAAUAAAUAGAAGUAAAAGUGAUUUUAAUACCUCUAAACCUAAUUCUACCCAAAGUUAUGAGAUUAGACAAAAAACUUCGUCUCAACAUCCCAAUAAAUUACUGACUAAAUGUGAUAGACAAAUUUGUAAAAUUGGCGAAUGUGAUCCUAACGAGUGUAAAAAACAAAUAAGAAUUCGGGUUUCUAAGCAUCAGGGUUUAUCAAAAGCUGAUUUAAAAAAUGAAGACGCUGCUUCUAACAUGAAUAUUUCAUUCCCACGUUUUCAUAUAAAGAAUUUAAGAACACCAGAUAAUGAAAAUGAAACCAGACAUGUCCUAAAUUCGCAAGACCAAAUACCUCAAAGACAAGUUGUACGGAUUAGUUCAACGUUUAGUUUUGAUAUAGAAUUUUCAAAACUUAACGUAUCCGAACCUCAGUUUCAAAGAAAAAUAGAAGAGUAUAAGAAACAGCGUAUUGAACAAAAGAAAAAAUCUGUCAAAGAAAAUAAGGGUACAGAUAAAAGGAGAAUAAACACUCAAAACAAAAAUUCCCAAAUAAGCAAUUCAUCGAGCAAAUCAACGAAAACCUCACUCAAGUAUGGUAUACGUAGAUGCUUUUGUACUCUGAAAAUUAAUAACAAUCGAGUAAUUCAGGAUAAAUCAAAAAAUACUUCUAAAGCAACACUGACUUCGGGUAAACUGGAAGCCCAACCUAAUCUGAAAUCGGUUUCAACAAAUGUCAAAAUAAAAGUUGCUUCUAAUAAAAAAUCAAAAAAAAUAUUGUUACCCUAUGAAUGUGACCCAGGUGUAUGUGUGCCAGGAAAAUGUGACCCUUAUAAAUGUCUACAGAUUAUAAAGCUAAGGGAAACAAAAACAUUAAAACGUCAUUCAGUAAAAUCAAAUACAGAAAAUAAGAACACCAGAUCUUCUGUAACUAUCACACCUAAGUAUAUAGUACCUUUGAAAACUAAAAAAGUACAAUCAGCUUUUUUCUCUAACAAACGUGUUUAUAAAAACGACAGUGUUAAAAGAAGCGUUUCAGUCCCCAAGCAAGUCAAAGAAUUUUCAAAUAAUCCUACUAGGCAAGCUGUUCGAAUUGGUUCCAGUUUCAGUUUCGAUAUUCAAUUCUCUAAGGAAAAACAAGACUCUGACAUUAAGCCUUAUGCUAUAAGAGAUAAGUCUAUCUCUCAAAAGCAGCACACCAUGAUAGUUGUGCCAAUGCCUCUUAAAAAUAGCAGAACACAGGUUGAACUAAAAUCUAAUAAUAAGUCAACUAUGAAAGAGAUUCCAAAAAAAACCAUCUCUCUUGGACCUACACUCAGAAAGUGUUUCUGUACAUUAAAAUUCCACAAAAGCCCUCAAAUUAAACAUCAGUCUCAAACCGUAGAAAAAACUAAAUCAGGUCAUGAUUUUUCGAAAAGCUCGACUAUUCGAAACCAGGAAAUAAAAUACAAAGUUGAACAAAAUGAAUGUGAACCUUACACUUGUGUACCUACAGAGUGUGAUCCUUACAAGUGCUUAGAGAAUAUAAAAAAACGUAACUAUAAACGGAACUUUAAAGAUAAUAGUAUAGUGGUGAAACCUAAUUUAAAAUCAGUCCAUAGUUUAACAAAAAACCACAUUGCCAAAAACAAAAAUAUUUCCAUUUCUGCCAGUAAAAAACCGAAAAAAGAAACAAACCAAAUAAGUGACCGCAUUAAAAAAGAUGCGCUGUUAGACUCAAGUGUGUCUCAAGAGGUUAAUGAUAUCAGACGAUCUCAAGUAAAAAUCGGCUCAAAUUUUAACUUUGGCAUUGAAUUCUAUAAAGACAAAUCUAUUAAAUCUUUUGAUAGAACUCUAAAUGGAAAAGCUCGUGGUAUUUCAAAAGCUACUACUCAAUCUGUCGUAAAAAAUAUCAAAAAUGAAGGAGUACAAAUUACAAAGAAAAGCAAAAGUAAAAAUUUUGGAGUUUCUAGUGUUAUGAAGAGAUGUUUCUGCACGUUAGCGCUACAAAAGCAAAAGAGACCAAAUACAAAACCUAUUCAUAAACCUAAUAAGCCACUUACGACUUAUACAGUAAAUAGAUUGGCUGUUGAAUCUGUGAAUUAUUCCAAAACUUUUUUUUCGUGUAACGAUACCUCUAUGAAAAACAAUGAUAGUACAGAACAGAAAACAGAAGGAAUACGUAUUUUAAAGUUGACCAGUACCUGUAACAUAAAUGAUUGCUUCACGCUGCCAACACUCACAUUACCUAAAAAUGAUACAUUCAAACAUAGACCUUACGUAAACCAAUCUUUUUAUUCUAUGAAUGUUAGCAUUUCGACGAUAAACAGCGUAGAAAAACAUUUUAAAUCGAUUCCACAAAACGCUGUAGAUCCAUAUAGCUAUGCUAACGAUGACUGCCACUUUUUAUUAUCCGAUGAAAAAGUUCAAAGCAGAAAAUCUAGAAUGUCUCGAAUAAAUACCUUUUCAGUGACAAGUACUAAUAAUCUGAAUAAAUUAAUAAAAAUAGACUCAGGAAUUACUAAUGAACAUUUGAAAUAUUCGAAACUAAAUAAAACUAAUAAAGAAAUGUGUUGGAAAACACAAAAAGACCUAAUUCAGAUUGGUACCGAUUUUAAUUUUGACGUUGUAUGUACUAAAGACAACCUAAAAGAUAAACAAACUACCUCUGUUUUUAAUCAGAAAUAUUCCAAUCAUUUUUAUACUAUUAGUACGCAUUAUCCGGCCGUAAAAAAUGUUAAAUGUACGACAAGACCUUAUGUAAGACAGAGCAUUUUCACGGAGAAGAACAAUAAUAAAUACAGUGUGGAAAUAUCCAAAUGCAAAUCAACACCAAAUUACCUCGAUAGAGUAAAUUCAGAAAAAUCAUCGUCAUUUUUUAAGCGUUGCUUCGAUGUGCUUAAGUCAUUGACUGCAAAGACAUCAUUUUCAAGAGCAGACAAAGUAACACAGAACGUAUCGCAAAUUCCCCAGUUGACUUCAACCAAACUAUCUGGAACUACGCGUCUCCAGUCAUUAGAAUGUGAACAAGAGAAAUAUGCUUCAAACAUCUGUGAUUGUGGUGCUUUUAAACCAACACCUUUGCCGCAUACAAAACUACAUACGGUUAGAAUUACUAAGCGUUCGUGUGUUGAUCUUGAGAAAACUAAAAUGCUUACAUCGAAGAUUCAAAAAUUUGAAAUCCCGAGUAGCGCUUCUUAUUCUUCUAUUAAUGUCGAUUUAUGUAAAAAAAAUAAAGAGGCUCGAACUGAUGGUUACUCAAUUACAAGGAUUUAUAGCCCGACUUAUCAAAGAUAUUGCACAAACAGCAAAUCGAAUGUCAAAUACCAUGAAAACGACAAGUCUGACAAUGAAGAACCAAUAAAAACUAAUACGCGAACAUCUGGCGUAGGACUAUGGACGCAAAAGUGUUUGUGUACAUUGGCCUUGUACAAGCAGAGUUUUUACAGAAACCGAAAACACAAUGCGAGGCAAAGUUCUCAAUUUUCAAAUAGCUCUGCAAGCGCAAAUAGUGCCUUCGAGGGGAAAAGAACUAAAGGCCGUAAAUUAGAUCCUUUUGAAUGUGAGCCAUAUGUCUGUAUUCCUGGCCAAUGUGAUCCAUAUGAAUGUGAUAAGCGAAUAAGAAGAAGAUUUAGACGAGACUCUGGCGUUGGUACGAAUGCAAUUAGAGAAACUUCCCAAUCCACACGUACACCUAAGCCAAAAAUACCAAAGAGUAUUAAAAUUCAAUCACUACCAAAAUCAACAAAAUUAAAACGCCUAGGAGAAACAUCAAAAUCUAGAACAACUGUCAGUACGAAACAUACAAAUGAGUCGAGGAAAGCCGUACGGAUUGGUUCGAAAUUUAGUUUUGAUAUUGAAUUUUACAAAAACAAAAAAUAUGAUGAAAGUUUUAAAUUUACAAAAUUACCAAAAGAUUUUCAUAGGAAAGUGGCCAAUAAAGAAAGAGCCUCAGUGACAACGAGAGCCAGUGAUAAAAAAAACCAAGACUUCAGACACACGCGUCACGCUGAUACACAAAACGAGCCUGAACAGGUUAAAUCUACGAUGACUACAAGUGCUCCAUUCCUAAAGCGAUGUUUUUGUACGAUGAAACUGCACACAAAUACAACAUCGUCGUUCGAUGCAACAACACAAGAUGCGCUUCCUGAAAGUCCUUCUUAUACCAUGAUGGCAGAAAAAGGAACUAAAACCAAAAAGUUUAAGCAACCUCCAAUAUAUAAUCUAGAACCCUACGAAUGUGAACCCGGUGUCUGCAUACCUGGUCAAUGUGAUCCUUAUGAAUGUGAUAAAAGAAUAAGGUUACGCAGGAAAAUGCAAUCUGUAUCGUCCAAUACUCAAAGAGAUACAAGAAGUUCAGCAUCUGUGCAGUAUAAUCCACAUAAACACAAAGCUAGAAGGUCUCAAUUUCAUUCCAAAUACCCUAAACGUCAUAAACAGUCAUAUGUGAACCAAUUAGUCAAAUCUGUAUCUGAAAAAAUUCCCCACCGUCAAGCUGUACGUAUUGGGUCUAAUUUUAGUUUUAAUAUAGAGUUCUAUAAAGAUGUACCAUCUGAACAGGGGUAUCGUAGGGAUGACAUAAAAACCAAAGAUCGAACACAAUCAGAAGCGAAAGUAAAGAAAUCACCGGCUGGAGUGCAAGGUAUAAGCUUUAGGCACCGUCAAUCACAAAUAAGUGGUCCAAAAAUUAAGUCAAGAGAUUCAGGUGCCAAUCCGAUACUUAAACGGUGUUUUUGUACGUUGAAAUUGCACAAAGCGGGUAAACAAAAAGUUGAACAGACGAUUUUGAAACCGAAAUCACAGACCACUUUCAGAUCAUCCUUCACAGAAACAAAGAAAGCUAAAAUAUGCCCUGAAAACUGUUUGUACAACGCUGGUACUGCAACCACUGGUAAAAAUAUAUAUAAGUUAGAACCGUAUGAAUGUGAGCCUUAUGUCUGUACACCAGGGUAUUGUGACCCAUAUGAAUGUGAUUUACGCAUUAGACGACGACAAAUGAAAACUAUGUGCACAGAGACUGACUGCCCUAGACUAAAAGAAAUUGGUAGUUUGGCUACCAAAUCGUACACCAGUAAAUCAAUGAAGACUCUAAAUGUGAAACAAAAAAAUGCACAACUCUCUGCUUUAAGAGAUAAACCAAGAAAAUACAGAACUUCUAAAGUUAUUGAAGAUAAUAACAAUAUGAACAAACAAUCUGUACGCAUUGGCUCUACUUUCAGUUUUAACAUUGAGUUUUUUAAAGAAGGUGACGCUUUAAGUAGUACUCCAAUAGAUAACGAUUACAAAGAUAAAGCAGAUUUGAAUGUAAACAGACGAAACAGAACCAGAAAUAAAAGCAUUUCGUCAGACACGAGGAAAUUAAAAAGUCAAUUUUCUGAAAAGAGAUGUCCCCUCAGAUGUCAAAAAACGCAAGCUGAAACAGUUCAAAAAGAGUCGCGAGGAUCGGGUAUAUCCCCAUUACUAAAAAGAUGCUUCUGUACAUUGGCUCUACAUAAAAAAAAUGCAGAAAUAGUACAAACUGAUCAGCCCCAAAUAGAUGAAACUCCGAAGAAAAUCAUUCAAGCGAUGGCCUCUAAAAGCACUCUAACGAAAAAUAAGUACCUAUCAUAUGAUUUAAAGUCAUACGAAUGUGAACCUGGAACGUGUGAACCUGGAUUAUGUAACCCUUAUGAAUGUGAAAAACGAAUUAAAGCUAGGAAUGCUAAAUAUAACGAAAUAGGCACAGAUACCGAUCCUCAUCACUAUUUUAGUGCUUCAAGUAUGACAAAGGAUAACACCACGUCAAGAAAAUGUAAAAAUAUUCAAUGUAAAGGCAAAGAAAGAUCGUAUGCAACAGCAUCUCCCCAGAUAAAACGCACGACUUUAAAAGAUAAUGAGCACGUCAACGUUGAUACCAACAUUAAAAAUAGGCAAGUCGUGAAAAUAGGAUCGUCUUUUAAUUUUGAUGUAGAAUUUUUCAAAGACAAACCUUCUCCAGAAACACGGUCCAGGCCUUCGACACAGGAUCGAAUUAUUGAAAAAAAUUAUAGGAGUGAUAAAUGUAACACAAAGUGUCAGGGCAUCAAAAAUGUUAACACUCAACCUAACAAGAUGCUAACAACAGGCGAAUCUCAAGUUGAUUAUGUCAAAACGGAAAAUAAAGGCUCGUAUGUAGAAAACGUUCUGAAGAGAUGUUUUUGCACCAUGGCACUUCACAAAAACGACAUGCCUAAUGUAGGAACUAAUCAAAAAAAUAAUAUGUUUAGUGGCAAACAAUAUCAGGUUUAUUACCAGCUGAAAACUCCAAAAAUAAAAGGUGCUCAAAAGCUCGAUGUGUCUUCCAAAGAUUGCCCGUGCUCCAAACAACAACCGUUAAUUUCUAAAUAUAGUUCUGUAGCAACGAACACAUCUAAAAAAUAUUUUAAAAAUAAACUUAAAGAGCAAAAGCAGUUAGAAACCAAAGUAAAGUCGGAAUUAUCUGAUCAAAAAUCAAAUAAUAUGGAAACUAUCUUACCUUACAAACCCCGUAAAUUUAAUAAAAAAACAAGUAAAACAUUUGUGAUUGAUGAGAAGAGUGAAAACACAUCACCGAAAAACAUGGAACACAUCCUGCCAGAUAACAAAAUUAGUACACGAUUGACUAAAACGAAGAUAAAAGUAACUAAAUUGGAUAUCAAACCGGAUUUAAAAUCAAAAUCAACAGCUGGUCGCGUGAAAAAAAUUGCCACUUCACUGUUUGAUAGUAAGCUAUUUAAUGGAAAAAUUGAACUGGGUGGAAUUCCUAAGAUGACGUUAAAAACCGAUGUAACGAAUCAUGUUGACGGUGAGCCUGUAUUGAGUAUUUUAAAGUCCUCGAAAAGUGAAGGUGGUCGAGAGAAAAAAAAUAAAGCUGAACUAAAAUCGUCUCAUGGCCUAAAAAUCAAGAGAUCUGCAAAAAAUAAAUUAGGUAAAGGACAUCUUGACAAAAUUUGUACUCAAGAAGGCUUAGAAUUUAAAUCUGGAGAUGGAAAGCCUGUUCAGAUAUCACGAGCAGUUCUCAAACUUUACAGGCAUGAUUCUACUCUACAAAGCCGCAAAGAUUUUUUGGACGUUGAAGACCAAAAAGAGAACAAACUGAAUAAGAAUACGCAGGCCAACAAAAAAAAUAAAAUGGUGAAAUUCUCUAUUGAUCCCGCAACGAAUAAAAAGUCUAAAAAGAAACGACAUAGUGCCGUAAAAAGCUUCGUAAAAAAAGUUAAAUCGGAAACAAGUAAAUGUGAUGAUAGUUGCUAUCCAGGAGCAUCUGAGAACGGUGCUACCAUUAGUGGCAAUAAAUUAUAUUCAAAAAAUAAAAAGGAAAAGAAAAGUCAUAAAUUAAGAAAAUUCAAGCUUUCCAAAGAAAUGCAAGAAGAUGGUAUCAAUGAUGUGAACCCUGGAAAUAAAACGGGGGAUGAAAAUGAUAUGAAACCCGGAGAAAAGUCACAACGGAUAAAAAAGAAAGGAAUAAAUAUUUGUGACUGCAGUCAAUUCAGAGAUGACAUGAUAUGCACGUGUUUCAGUUCAAACUGUGAAUGUGCAAAAGCUAUUAAAAUUGCAAAGAAAAAGGAAAAAGAAAUGAAAAUAAGAAGGAAGAAACUUCAAAAAAAGAUAAAAAGACAGAGUCGAGAACUUCAGGAGAAAGAAAAGGCUCUGAAGAAAAAAAGACAAGAUCUUGACAAUCGUAGAAAAAAAUACAAAAGAGAGGAUGAAGCCCGACAAAAGAGACGACGAAAAUCUGAAAAAUAUCUUGAUAAACGAAUACGCAAGCUUAAAGACACAUCUGAUAUUCUUCUAGCAGCGGAUUCGCUACUAGAUAUUGCCAAGUUAGGUUUUUCAGUGGCCCAAGACGUUGGAAGAUCUACCUGUAGGGCUAUAACGGACCCGUGUUACACUUACGAUAGUGUCAAAAGCACCUUGAAACAUCCUACACGGAUAUGGCCAAUAAUAAAGAACGCUAUACUCAACAGUGGCGCUGUAGCUACACUAAAACGUGUAUUUCGGAGGUUUCAAGCGAUGGAAACUGUGAAGUCUACUCGCGACAAAUUAAAUGAUUACGAAAUUACUAGUUACAUCAUGGGAAUGGCGGAAAGCGAUCCAAGAAAGAGAUUAAAACGUAAAACUAAGAAACGUGUGCAGCCUCGACGUGAUAAGGACUUUCAGUGCAAUUUGUACAUGAAUUCCUUGAGGAAAAAACCGUAUUUGAGUGUUUAUUAUACAUGUCCUUGGUUUUAUCCGCAUUUCAUGACUAUGCUGAACGCCAUUCGACAGAUUACGGAUUUACUUCUCUUCUUGUUGGCAGCCUUCGUGUGGAGUCCUUGUAUAUUGUGUACGGAGUUGUGUAGAGCGAUGUUGUGUUGCUUUGUCUGUACUGGUUAAAUCAUGUUUAAGUAACUGUUUUAAUGAAAUUAAUAAAGAAUUAUCAUCGUUUA